AUGUCGCUGAUCAACACAACCUAUCCCGCUUCUGUACCGGUGACGAAAUCCUUAGAUCAAGGCAACUGGAAAACCAUCGAUGCUGUAGCAUACAACAUCGAAACUUAUUACCUGUGGGUGAUUCUGAUUCUUGGGUUCCCUGGGAACUGCUUUUCGAUCCUAACAAUAAUAAAAAUGUCUCCUCCAAGGUCUCUUACGGUUUACAUCGCCCUCCUCGCCAUUGUGGACAACUUGGCCAUUGUCAACAAACUCCUCAUAUUUGUUCUUAUGGAUUAUGGAGUAGACAUCGGAUCAUUUGGUUGCAAAUUUCUUGGCUUUUGUGGAAACUUCCUCAUCACACUUGCCAACUGGUUAUUAGUUGCUCUGUCCGUGGAAAGAUUCGCUGCUGUUUGGUUUCCUUUGAAGGUGGGUCAGAACUGGACUUUCAGGAAGUCUUUGGUUGUUGUAGGAGGAAUAACGGUGCCGCUCCUGCUUUUGUUCCUUCACCUCUUCUGGACAACAGAUUAUAUUGCCAUGGAUUACCCCGGCACAUCGUUUUGUGGGAUCCACGAGAGGUAUAUGGACUUUAUGAUUGAUGUUUGGUACUGGAUGAAUGUUGCAAUGUACGCCAUUCUUCCAUGCUCUCUACUUCUUACCUUCAAUGUGCUCAUUGUUGCAGGAAUACUUAAAUCGGGUAGAUUGCAUCAAUAUCUGAACAGGGAUGACUCAGUGAUUAACGUCAACGUCACGACCAAUCGUCAACGGCAAGUGACCAUAAUGCUUGUGACAUCAGCAGUUGCAUUAGUCAUUCUCACAACGCCACGGUGUGUGUUCCUCAUAUUAUCACCUUACUGGACAGCCCCUGAGAACACCCACAAGGGAGCCAUGUGGUAUCUGCUUGAUACUAUUGCCUUUGUUUUAUGUGACUCAACGCACGCUGUCAAUUUCUAUCUCUAUUGCUGCAGUGCAAGGAGAUUCAGACGCCAAUUCCGUGACCUUGUGCUGUGCCGGAAGCGGAAACGACCCCGCAGCUUACAAUAUUACACUGUGUCAUGCCACCAAACAAUACGUUUUAACACUGCGCUGAGAAGGGAUUCCACCGAUCGACCAUGCGUCCGGUACCGUAAUCAGGAUUACUGA